AUGGAUACAAGUACAACCGUUGCUGCCACUGCUGCUGCAGUCAUCGUUUUGGUCAGUUGGGUGGCUUCAAGUUUAUAUUUGUUUUCAUGUGACAAACGAAAACAAGCGAUGACCGACAACGAGAACAAGUCGUUUGUCUACUCAUGGACCUUUCAUGUAGAGAGUCUUCGCUUCUAUGGAAUGCUAUUUUUCCUUAUUGUUCUGGCUGCCGGUGCUAUUGUGACUGAAAAGAGUGGCAUCGACACCAUUGAAGAUCCUACCGAGACAGUUAUCUUCGAGCUAUUUGGAUUCAAUCAUUCCUGCAACUGGAUCGAUCACAAUCCAGUCAAAAUGAUAGCUGCCAUGCUAUUUGUCCCACUUGUUCAAAUUCCUUUUAUGCUUUACACGGUUUUUUGGCACUGUCGCCUAGCCAAGAGCGCGAAAACAGGAAAGGUUCCAAAGUGGCUGCUCAAUGUCAGCCGAAUUCUGUCACCCUAUAACUUUAUUGCAAUGUCGCAACUUCACUUGUGGUUUGUUAACAACCCGACUGAUACCUAUGGUUUUACGGCGCACUACAUCCCGUACCUGGUGUUUCAAAUUGCGAUCAGCUUUUUCAAAUUGUUGAAUUUGUUGUACUUGAUCUACGAGGAGAAGCUGCCUUGGGGGGUGCCAGCUUCAGUGGCAAGUGCCUACGUUGCUUUCUAUACUGUAGUUGUCAUUGUUUCGGCAAUAUUUGUCAGUACUACUAUCGCUGGCAAUCCAAUCAUUGAUGCCACGAGAAGCUCAGGAGAAAAACUCUUCACCAACAUUCUUUCGUACGUUUGGGUAAUCUUGGGGAUUUUUGGAACUCUAAUUCUAUCUGCCAAGGAACGUUUGGAUGGUGACAAUAUUACUUUGACCAUCGGUGAUGGUAUAUUGCGAGUGGGAAGCUCGUCGGAUGAAGAAGAGGACAUGACGACCAAAAAAGGAGAAGCAGUCAUCGCUGAGCAGCCAUCAGAAACAGCUCAGGAGGUCGACCACUGCUAA